UUGCGCUUUGACUAGUUGGUGGGAUAUUUACAUGGCUCUGCCCGAGCGGCAUUGCCAUUCAUUUGCGUUAAUAUCAGGGAAGGUAUUUGUGCGCUUUGCUCUGUAGUCCAAGUCUCUUCCCCAUCCCGUCCUACUUUAUCUGCUCCACGGUCUUUCGUACGACUUUAACAGCGCCUCGUUUCAGCUUGUUGGCUUGGAGUGCUUGGAUCAGAGUUUAAACUGUUACGGGCAUUUCUGAAAACGAGCCCCAUGAGUUGUCAAAACCGUCAGCUUCAAAUCUUCUUCCUGCCUUUCAUGGCUCAUGGCCACAUGAUACCAUUCAUAGAUUUGGCCAUGCUCUUUGCCGCUAAAGGUGUAAAGACAACCAUCAUUACCACUACCCUGAAUGUACCCCACAUCUCCAAGGUCACUGAGAGGGCCAAAAACUUGGGCUAUGAAAUCAACAUCCUCGCCACAUAUUUCCCUUCUGUCGAAGCUGGAUUGCCUGAAGGAUGUGAGAGCUACGAUCAGGCUUCAUCACCGGAUAUGCAGUUUAAAUUCUUCACAGCUACCACCAUGCUCAGAGAACCCCUUGCGCAUCUACUCCAAGCUCAUCGUCCUGAUUGCCUUGUUGCAGACAUGUUCUUUCCUUGGGUAACUGACGUUGCAGCUGCAUUUGGAAUUCCAAGAAUUGUCUUCCAUGGAACCUGUGUCUUCUCCCUAUCCGCCACAGAACACAUCAGAUUGUAUGAGCCUCACAAGAAGGUGUCGUCUGAUUCAGAACCCUUUGUCAUCCCUAAUUUUCCAGGUGAGAUCAAACUGACAAGAUCACAAAUGCCAGAUUUUGUUAGGCAAGAAACAGGCUUUACCAAGUUCUAUAGUGAAAGCAAGGAAACGGAGCUGAAGUGCUACGGCGUUAUAGUCAAUAGCUUUUAUGAACUUGAAUCUGCUUAUGCUGAUCAUUACACGAAGGUCUUGGGGAGAAGGGCUUGGCAUGUAGGUCCCAUAUCGUUACGCAAUAGAGGGACUAUUGAUAAAACAGAAAGAGGAAAGAAAGCAUGUAUUGACGAAAAUGAGUGCUUGACAUGGCUCAAUUCGAAGAAACCAAACUCGGUUGUUUACAUAUGUUUUGGAAGUGUAACAAACUUCGGUUCCUCUCAACUUUUGGAGAUUGCAACGGGUCUUGAAGCUUCAGGGCAACAGUUCAUUUGGGUAGUCAGGAAAGAAAAGAAAAAUGAAGAGCAGCAAGAAGAUUGGUUGCCAGAAGGGUUUGAGAAGAGAAUGGAAGGUAAGGGACUAAUCAUAAGAGGGUGGGCACCCCAAGUGUUGAUUCUUGAUCAUGAAGCAGUUGGUGGGUUUGUGACUCACUGUGGGUGGAAUUCCACUCUUGAAUCAGUAUGCGCUGGUGUGCCUGUGGUCACAUGGCCAGUGGCUGCCGAGCAGUUCUACAACGAAAAGUUGCUGACUCAAAUACUGAGGAUUGGGAUCGGUGUUGGCGCCCAAAAAUGGGCCAGGCUGCUUGGAGAUUUCGUGAAGAGAGAAGCAAUAGAGAAGGCAGUGAGAGAGAUAAUUGUGGGCGACAGGGCAGACGAAAUGAGAAGCAGGGCCAAGGCACUUGCAGAGUCAGCUAGGAAGGCUGUUGAAAACGAGGGUUCAUCUGACUCUGAUUUGAAUGCUUUAAUUCAAGAACUAAGUGCUCGUGCCUUGAAAACAUGCAAGUAAUGGAGAUUGUAGGGUAUAUAUAGCACUAUUAUGGUCUAAUUUUUGAAUAAUUCUAAUAAUGAUCAUUGUUUCAUAAUCUCUUGCGAAUUAACAACCCACACCCUUCAGCAUAA